AUGUUGCACAGCAACCAUCGAAGGUUCCCUGAAGGAGACGGAAACGGAAAAAGAAAAUGCACAGGCGCAGGGGAUGAGCGCGUGGGCGCCUUUGGGCCGAGCCUCGGAGGAGACGCUCUAGGCUGGCGGGCCCGGAGCGUUCCGUCGCACGUCCGUGCCGGGAGCCGCCGUUUCCGGGCUGCCCUGGAUGGCCUCCUUGGGCGGCUAGUGGGGGCCGUGCAAGGCAUUAUGGGACAACCAUGGCGGCUCUCGAAGUGUGGCUCCCGACUCUCUGAGGCCGUUUCAGCGAGGAGUGCUGGCGCCCAAGCCCUAGAAUCUGGGACGGGGGUCCCCGAGAUCACGGCGGCUCCAGGCGGCGGUUCUCGGUCCCUCGCUCGGGUCCGGGCCCGGGUGUGUGAAGUCCGGGCCCUGUCACCCGGCGUGCCUUACUCGCCCCGGGGAUGCUGUGCGGGGCCGGCCGGCCCAGGCCUUGCUCCUCGCCCUGCUCAGAUCCUGCCGCCCGGCGCGGCCCCACUGAGGUCCAGGGGGCUGCCGGGGGUCGCCCUCACGCUUCCUCAGGCCUCCACCUUAGCCCGCUCGGAGACUGGUGCCCAGGGCUCCCUGUGUAGGCUGGUGCCUUCCUCGUGUUUGUCACGACAUUAUCGACCUGCUCGGGUAGAGACUCCAUCCCACCCUGGUGGUGUGAGUGAAGAGUUUCGGGAACGCAGUAGGCAGAGAGAGCGGGAGCGCCAAGAACAUGGCGUCUAUGCCUCAUCCAAAGAAGAAAAGGAUCGGAAGGAGAGAUCGCGGGACCGAGACUGUGACCGCAAGAGAGAGAGAGAUGAACGGGAUAGAAGCAGGCAUAGCAGCAGAUCGGAGCGAGAUGGAGGGUCAGAGCGCAGCAGAAGAAAUGAACCAGAGAGCCCGCGACACCAGCCUAAAGAUGCAGCCACUCCUUCAAGGUCAACGUGGGAGGAAGAGGACAGUGGCUAUGGCUAUGGCUCCUCAAGACGCUCUCAGUGGGAAUCGCCCUCCCCAACACCUUCCUAUCGGGAUUCUGAGCGGAGCCAUCGGCUGUCCAGCCGCGAUCGGGAUAGGUCUGUGAGGAGCAGGUACUCAGAUGACACACCUCUGCCAACCCCAUCCUACAAAUACAAUGAGUGGGCUGAUGACAGAAGACACCUGGGCUCCACGCCCCGUCUGUCCAGGGGCCGAGGACGCCGUGAGGAGGGCGAAGAAGGAAUUUCAUUUGACACAGAAGAGGAACGGCAGCAAUGGGAGGAUGACCAGAGGCAAGCUGACCAGGAUUGGUACAUGAUGGAUGAGGGAUAUGAUGAGUUCCAUAACCCCCUGGCCUGCUCCUCUGAGGACUAAGUGGGGCGGUGGGAGCAGCAUCUUCACAAACAGAAGCAGAACCGUAUUUCGGCCCAGCGGAAACAGAUCAAUGAGGUGAGGCUGCCUGCAGUGGUUGGGGCAGGUUCAGCUGGAGCUGGGGGCAUGUGGGAGAAGCAGCGGGUCACGUCCCUGUGAGGAUGGCACAGCUUGUCUCCCCGUUGCUGACGUACCAGAUGUAGGGAUGCCUCUGUAGGUGGAGGAGUGAGUGUGGAACCUUCCAGUAGCUUAGGAGAAAACUCCAACUCCUGACUUCCCUGUUUUGCAGCCCUUCCUUGCGAGGUGCUGUUGAUGGGAACUGGUAGGGUGGGGCCUGGCUCAGGGGUCUGAGUGGGGCUCAGGACAGUCAACAUCUGUACGUCCACCUAGAGGUUCUGACUUAGAAAUAAAGUGCUGCUUCUUGGAAAAAGAAGUCAAGUUGGAGUUGGAGUCAAGUUAAAAGGUGAUUGGGAUCAGCAGCUCUUCUGUCUAAGGAGCUGCAGGGUGGAGAGGCCAGUGCCACCUCUGUAGCCCCAUGACCCUUCUCUCUAGGCUUGAUGUGUGGUCUUGCCUGGUGGCCUUUCAGGAUGGCCUGUGGGUGCAGUCUGGGCGUGGCUCCCAUUGUGUUCGCUACCAUGGAAUUAAGCUAGAAAUCAACAAUGGCAAAAUAAUUUAAACAUCUCCAAAUGUUUGGAAAUUCAGCAACAUAUCUCUAAAUAAAAACCAUGCAACAAGCAAGACAU